UUUGAGCGGCCGCUAGGGGGAAGCGUCUAGCAGUGUCGUUCUUACGGAAUUCCUCUUGAUCACCUGAUAAACGCAGAAAUGGCUGGCCGGCUAAUGCAAGCAGCAAGAUGCCCGACAGAUGAACUGUCUCUCACAAACUGUGUGGUUGCAAGUGAGAAAGACUUCAAAUCUGGGCAGCAUUUGACUAUUAAAACCACUCCAACUCAGAAAUUUGUCUUCACUGUGAGAACUCACCCAAGCGUGGUGCCAGGAACCAUUGCCUUUAGUCUACCUCAGAGGAAAUGGGCCGGACUCUCUCUAAACCAAGAUGUGGAAGUGAGUGUCUACAACUUUGACCCGUCCAGACAGUAUGUGGGAACCAUGACAAUCGAGAUCGACUUCCUCCAGAAAAAGAGCAUUGACAGCAACCCUUAUGACUCUGAUAAAAUGGCCAUUGAAUUUAUUCAGUGUUUCACUGCGCAGGCCUUUAGCAUGAGUCAACAGUUUGUCUUUAGCUUUUGUGACAAACUCUUUGCGCUGGUCAUAAAAGAUAUUGAGGCCAUGGAUCCCAGCAUUCUCAGAGGCGAGCAGAACUCUAGCAAAAAACACAAGAUUGACAUUGGUCUACUGCAUGGCAAUAGUCAAGUGAUUUUUGAGAAAGCGGAGAGCUCGUCUGUCAAUUUGAUUGGAAAAGCAAAAACCAAAGGCUCUCGUCAGUCUAUAAUCAACCCAGAUUGGAACUUUGAGCGCAUGGGCAUCGGAGGCCUGGACAAGGAAUUCUCAGACAUCUUCCGUCGGGCUUUUGCUUCACGAGUCUUUCCUCCAGACAUAGUUGAGCAAAUGGGUUGUAAACACGUGAAGGGAAUCUUGCUGUUUGGACCACCCGGCUGUGGUAAAACCCUAAUGGCACGGCAGAUUGGAAAGAUGCUGAACGCCAGAGAGCCAAAAGUGGUCAACGGGCCAGAGAUUCUGAACAAAUACGUGGGCGAAUCGGAGGCCAACAUCAGAAAGCUAUUCGCUGAUGCUGAGGAGGAACAGAAGAGGUUGGGGGCCAACAGCGGCCUACACAUCGUUAUAUUUGACGAAAUUGAUGCCAUUUGCAAACAACGUGGCAGCAUGGCAGGCAGCACAGGGGUCCACGACACUGUAGUGAACCAGCUUCUGUCCAAGAUCGAUGGUGUAGAGCAGCUCAACAACAUCCUGGUUAUUGGCAUGACCAACAGGCCUGACCUGAUUGAUGAAGCUCUGUUGAGGCCGGGUAGAUUGGAAGUCAAAAUGGAGAUUGGCUUGCCAGAUGAGACUGGUCGUGUUCAGAUCCUAAAUAUCCACACAGCAAAGAUGAAGCAGUCCAACAUGCUGGCCAAAGACGUUGACGUACAGGAACUGGCUAUCGAGACCAAGAACUACAGUGGAGCAGAGCUGGAAGGGCUUGUUCGGGCUGCGCAGUCCACUGCCAUGAACCGUCACAUCAAGGCCACUACUCAGGUAGAGGUGGACACCGAAAAGGCUCAGACUCUGCAAGUCAGCAGGAGUGACUUCUGGGCAUCUCUGAAUAAUGACAUCAAGCCUGCAUUUGGUAGUAAUCAGGAGGAUUACUCCAGUUACAUCAUGAACGGUAUUGUAAAAUGGAGCAAUGCUGUGUCUGACAUACUAGGAGAUGGAGAACUACUGGUGCAGCAGACCAAGAACAGUGAACGCACACCGCUAGUUACUGUUCUUUUAGAGGGGCCUGCUCACAGUGGUAAGACCGCACUGGCGGCCAAGAUCGCAGAGCACUCCCAGUUCCCCUUCAUCAAGAUCUGCUCUCCAGAUAAAAUGAUCGGCUUUACAGAGACCGCCAAAUGUCAGGCCAUAAAGAAGAUAUUUGAGGAUGCCUACAAGUCUCAGUUGAGCUGUGUGGUGGUGGACGAUAUUGAGCGACUGCUGGAUUUUGUUCCCAUCGGGCCGCGGUUCUCUAACCUGGUGCUGCAGGCUCUGCUGGUGUUACUGAAGAAACCUCCUCCUCGGGGUCGUAAGUUGUUGAUUCUCGGCACAACUAGCAGAAAGGAUGUCCUGCAGGAGAUGGGCAUGUCUGACUCUUUCAGCACUACAAUCCACAUCCCCAACAUCUCUAGAGGAGAACAUUUAAUGGAGGCCCUGGAGCUUCUCGGAGGCUUUCAGGAAGAAGAGCGAGCGAUUAUUGGCAAACAGGUGAAAGGACAGAGCGUGUGGCUGGGCAUUAAAAAGCUGCAAAUGCUGAUUGAGAUGUCACUGCAGAUGCCCCUGGAAUACAGAGUUCAGAAGUUCUUGGCACUGCUGAAGGAAGAAGGAGCGCUUGGCUCUGAUAAACAUGUGGCUUUUUAGACCUGGGGUGCAGAAGAGUAGCCUCUCAAACCAAGGCUAUUUUGAAGCAGUUCAAGGAGUCAGGAAAACACUGGGUGCACUUGAGAGACUGAGAGAGAGAAAGAGCAAACGUCCAUACAGAGUCUAUCGCUAUCCUUCACUUUCCUGAAGUAUAGAGCACUGCAUGUAUACACGGCAUCUACACCACAGUGCCCAUGUUCAACACUAGCUCAUCAGUUCUCCAGUACAUGUGCACAAGCUCUUAUAUUUGUACAGUGCCUCAGAUGUCUGAUGACAUCACAGAUUGAAUAGUACAUGCAUUUAUAUGAGAACCCAUUAGGACAUUUAUACAUAUUAAAUGUUAUGUACAUAUAAUAAGGUUUAUUAUAUGGAAAUUACUGACACAAAGCAUUCCUGUCGUUGUUGCCUUACUUCCAAAUCUGUCUUUACUGGGCAGAGAACAUUUAGAAAUGCCUAAAUUCUCUGACUACUUUUUCCUCUUGUUUUUCUAGUUGUCUUAGAUGGACUUAUUAUCUUAGAAACAGUUAGUGCCUGCCAAAAACAAUUCUGAAAUGCUCACUCCUGUGCCUUUGCAUGCCAGUGUAUUGUUGCAGUUUGUUUAUUAGUUUUAUUUUAUUUUUUUAAGAAAGGGAACUAUCUGUCCUCCUUAUCCCACUCAGGACAUUCCAUGUCAGGAACAUAGGAAAGGUCUUAGAUGAACAGCCUGUCGUCUCAGUUUAAUGGGUAACAUUAUGGCCUUAACAAUUGUUAAAAAAGUGACCAUUGACUUGCCGCUCCAAGUGCCAAGAUAGUUCACACUAGUCUUGAAUUCAUUGUUAUGUCUCUUAAAGGCAUAUUUUCUCCCCCCUCAGAAUAUUAUGAGCUCAUUAUAGCUUUUACUGUCAAACCAUGAAAGUAAUAGCAAUCGAACCACACUUAAAUGUCUUGCUCUUUAAAUCAACAUGCAGAGUUUUGUGUUUGUUUUGGAUGUUUUUUUGCACGUCAAAAUUUAGUACUUGGAGUAGAUUUCCUUACUGUAACACAUUUGGUGUAUAACUCGCUAUAAAUUAUGUUUUCGUGGCAAGAAAUGAAUGAAUGCAAUAAUUGAAGUAUAAAUAUUGUCUUAAAUCAUUGCGCAAUUAAAAUGCGGUUUUAAGAUUGCAAUAAAUGACUGGUGUUUUUGCUUUCUGAUAA